AUCGUCAUCAUGCGUUCUCUUCUUCUUUCCUCACUUUUGACCCUCACCUCUGCUCUCUCCCUCGAAGACCUCUACGUCUCCGAGGCCCCCUCCUCCCCUCGCCCCUAUAUCCUUCCUCACUAUGAGAACUCCCACGCAGUGACCAUUGACUCCCAGCUGUAUCGAUUCACCGUCACGGGCCCAUCAUCCGACUAUGCUUUCACACUGAUGAGCACCAACGCGCCCUCGAGUGGCUCGCUCGGCGUCCUCCCGCACAUCCACCGCACGCAUUAUGAGAACUUCUUCAGUUUCAAGGGACGGUUCCAGCUGUGGGCCCAACAUGGGGACGGCGAACAAGAAGCCCGUCUCCUAACACAGGGCGACUUUGGCUCCGUGCCUCGAAACACCACACACACCUUCCAGAUCCUCGAUCCCGAUACGGAGAUGGUCGGGAUCAUCGUUCCCGGUGGAUUCGAGGAUCUCUUCUACGCUCUCGGAACCAACUACACGUCCGGUACCGAUACCCCAUACGUCCCUGGCUCCGGCAACUCGUCCUCUUCCUCCGCCACCGGCCCCGACAGCAGCACCAUCUCCAACCUGCAACAAUACGACGUCUACGCACAACUGGACUUUACUCCCCGUCGGGACCUGGUAAAUGGCUCCGCUCCCUCCGACUCGGGCUGGCACACGGAGUCCAACACGCUGGGCGAGCCCACCAAACCGUACUUUAUCGCCAACAACUACGGCCCCAAGUACCUCAACUCCCAGUACGGGGCGUACCAGAUCGUGCAGCCACUGGUAACGGCCACCCAAGCACAAGAUACGAAUUAUACCCUGUCGACGAUCAUCCUGAGUCGACAGCAAACAAGCAUAACAGCUCCGACCUGGAACGCAACGUCCGGCCCCGUGGCAUUCGAAGUACUGGAAGGGUCGGUGCAGGUGCAGAUCGGGGGAUAUCCGACCGCGAGGCUGGAGAUGGGUGAUGUGGCGUUUGUUCCGGCGGGAGUGGCGUAUCGGUACUGGAACGAGGCGGCGUAUGCGAAGGUGUUGUAUGUUAGCUCGGGCAACGAAGGGGUAGAUGGGAAAUUGAUAACGGGAGGGAAGACAUGGGCGGAUCCGGUAUGGCCCAAGUACUAGAUCAUUAGACGGGAUCUGAGCGAUAGACUACCCAGCUAGAUGGAUAUAGAAUAGAGUACAAAU